AUGGAUAAACGAGGUUGUGUCUUCAAGGGAGUCGCACUUAAAAUCGCCUUCUUCCUCAACCCAUCUGACGAAUUCAUAUCCGAAAGACUGAAGAAAACAAUUCCCUGGGACUUGGAGCAUUACUCCUAUCAACCAGCCGUUCCGGACUCCGCAGAUGAGAGUUUCCUCCAGUGGAUAGGCGGGAUGCCUGAGGAACCGGCCGGGCUACCGCAGUCUCCUCCAUUAAAUCCGUUUGGUCGCACAGGCGUUGAUGGUCGCGGUCGCCUGCCAGCCUUUGGCGAAAAUAAAGCCUUCUUCUUGGUGUUUACGCUGGAGGAGAAAUGGGAUUACGGUUAUAUUCCAUCCAAGAGUCAGUCUGUCCGACGACAGGUACUUCUACGGUCCGAAGACUCUGGAGAAAACCACCUCCCAUGGUUCCUUUGUAAUCACGCACCCACUGACGACAAAAAUGAACUGCUUGAGGUUCUGAUUCUUGCCUACAUGCAACGAAUGGCGGUCGAUCUGGCUCUACGCGAUCCUGAAUCCUAUGACUUCUGUGGCAACCUUAAGGAGGAACUGGAGAAAUGCGAAGUUGACUAUUACGAAAUGGGAUGCCUUGAAGACAAAUUGAACUGUGACAACGCCUGGAUAAAUGUAACUGCAAUUCACAUAAAGAUGCCAGGCUCCUACCAAUUCUGGGAACGGCUGCCACAGCGUACGACGAAGCUGAAUGGAAAAUGCUCGGAGAACAACCGCAACUACGGUUACAGCACACACAUACAGCAAAGGAGAUUUUCAUCGGGAGGAUUUGAGGAAAAAAACCUGCAACGUUUUCUCUGGCAACAUGUGAUCAGUGCAGAAAUUUUGAAUGAGGAAAAUCUCCCAGACCCCUUCACCUCUACACACGGUCGGUGCUAA